GAUUCCACACUUGUUGGAGAACCUCACCCCAAUUACAAAGAUGACAUUCAAUGGUACCUGGAAGGUUGAUAGAAAUGAGAAUUAUGAACAAUUUAUGGAGCAGAUGGGGGUAAAUGUCAUGAAAAGAAAGCUUGCUCUCCAUGAUAACCUGAAGAUUACGAUUCACCAAGAUGGACAGAAUUUUACUAUUAAAGAAGCCAGUACCUUCCGCACAAAAGAUGUUGAGUUCAUACUGGGCGAAUCAUUUGAAUAUUCCUUGGCAGAUGGAACAGAAGUUCAGGGUUCAUGGAACCUUGAUGGGGCCAAACUUGUUGGAAAGUUCACAAGAAAGGACAAUAACAAGGAACUAUUGACACACAGAGAAAUUGUUGGCAAUGAACUUGUUCAGACUUAUUCAUAUGAUGGAGUUGAUGCCAAGAGAUUCUACAAAAAGGAAUAGAGCCCACGGCAUUAUCAUUGCAAUGAAUCACUGAAAAUUUUGGUCAUAGUUUUCCAAUCAUCUCAACUCCACAACAGUUCUACCCAUAAAUAUGACUUUCAGGAUCGUGUAAAGAUAAAACGACGAAUUAUCAGUCUUGCUGGUAUCAGACAAUAUACUGUGCAAAAGAAAAUGAUUGAUAUCAAGAAGUAUGGUCAAUUAUGCCUGAACUUAGCAACGUGCCUCCAUUAAUUCACCUCAUGAAGAGCUGUAAACAUUUAUUUGAUUGCAUUUAUACAAGUGUGCUUAUGUUCU